UCUCCUCUUUUUCCUCUCUUUUCUCUUUCUUUGUCCAUAAUUAAUCAAUUCUUCCUCUUCUAUAGCCCCUGUCGGCUCAAUCAAUUCGGCUUUUUUGCGUUUCAGCUGGUUCUGUCAUCGCGGGCUUCACUUAUUAAUCCACCCAUCACGCCACCAACAACCAACAAGUCAAUCACCAUGAAGACCACACUCUUUGUCACUCUCCUCUCGGCCACUGCCUCCCUCGUCAGUGCCGGCAUCGUCAUCACGCCCGUCUGGGCCAACCAGAUUGUCGAGAAGCUCUCGGGAGACUGCCCAUUUGGUGAGGUUACGCCCCAGGGCUGUGGACCCAAGCGUGGAUGA